CCUUCAAGUUGCAAUUUUUUUUCUACCCGAUUUUAGCAUUAUAUAAACACAAUACUGAAGAUCGUUAGUUCAGACAUAAUCGUCGGGAAAAAAAAAAUUCAGACAUAAUCCAACGACUCACAAAAUAUGUCCGAACCAACUCCAAUCUCUGAUCCUUACGCUUAUCUCAACAUCGUAAAGAACCCAGAUGGCUCCAUCACCCGCGACCUCACCAAGUUCCCGUGCACCCCAGCCACACCUGAUCCCUCCCCACAAACCCCCGUCGUAUCCAAAGACGUCUCCAUCAACAAGUCAAAGUCCACGUGGAUGCGUCUCUACGCGCCCUCCUCCACCCUAAACGACACCGUUCCCUCUCAAAAACUCCCUCUCAUCGUCUACUACCACGGCGGAGGAUUCGUCCUCUGCAGCGUCGACCUCCAAGUCUUCCACGGCUUCUGCUCCGACAUGGCGCGUGACCUCAACGCGAUCGUCGCGUCGCCUUCCUACCGUCUCGCUCCCGAGCACAGGCUCCCGGCGGCGUACGACGACGGCGCGGAGGCGCUGGAGUGGAUCAGAAACUCCGACGAGGAGUGGAUCAAAUCUCGCGCCGAUCUCUCCAACGUCUUCCUCAUGGGGACGAGCGCCGGCGGGAACUUGGCUUACAACGUCGGGAUGCGAUCCGCCGCCGCAUCGGAUCUGAGUCCGUUGCAGAUCCGUGGGAUGAUUCUGCACCAUCCGUUCUUCGGCGGCGAGGAGAGAAGCGGAUCUGAGAUGAGGCUUGCGAACGAUCAGGUUUGUCCGCCGAUCGUCUCCGACGUGUUCUGGGAUCUGAGUCUUCCCGUUGGUGUUGUUCGGGAUCACGAGUAUUCGAAUCCGACGGUGGGAGAUGGAUUGGAGAAGAUCGGAGGGUUGAGAUGGAGGGUGAUGGUGGUUGGAGGGGAGGAGGAUCCGAUGGUGGAUCGGCAGAGGGACGUGGCGAAGCUGAUGAAGAGGAAGGGAGUGGAGGUUGUGGAGAUGUUUAACGACGGCGAUGUUCACGGUGCGGAGAUCGGAGAUCCGUCUAAGCGUAAACCUUUAUUUGCUUCCAUCGGGAAAUUCAUUUCCUCUUCUGCUGCACUGUGUAACAUUUUUUAAGAAAAAAACUAAAAAAAAAUUAUUCUAUAGGCCCAAUACUUACGCUUAUGAAUA